UCUCAUACAGUAUUUUCAAUUACUGUACAUAUGAAAGAAAAUACUACUGAUGGAGAAGAAGUCCUGAAAACAGGAAAAUUAAAUCUGGUGGACCUAGCAGGUAGUGAAAAUAUUGGAAGGUCUGGCUCUGUUGACAAAAGAGCAAGAGAAGCUGGUAGUAUUAAUCAAUCUUUGUUAACACUUGGUAGAGUUAUAACAGCUCUUGUUGAAAGAACACCUCAUAUACCUUAUCGAGAAUCAAAACUCACAAGAUUACUAUAAGAAUCAUUAGGUGGACGAACAAAAACAUUUAUAAUUGCAACUGUAUCUGCUGCUAGUAUUAACCUUGAAGAAACAUUAUCAACAUUAGAUUAUGCACAUCGUGCAAAAAAUAUUACUAAUCGCCCCGAAAUAAAUCAGAAACUUUCGAAAAAAGAAUUUCUUAAACAGUAUACAGAGGAAAUUGAAAGAUUACGAAGAGACUUAUUGGCAACGCGUGAAAGAAACGGUGUUUUUCUUGCAAAUGACGCUCAAAUGAAAGAAUUACAUGAAGCCAAAGACAAAUUAAAUAGUGCUUCUGACGCUUUUAAAUCGACAAAUAAUCAAUUAAAAGUGAUAGCACGAGAACGGAAUGAGCAAAAAUAUUACAUAAAUACAGAACAGUCUUUAUUGCACCAAGCCCAAAUACUACUAAGCGUCGCAGACACAGCAACAGCAGAUUCACAUAUAUUACAUGAUAAAAG